AUGGAGAGAGGGGUACAGAGAUGGAUUGUGGACAUAUCAGGGUGGGACCCAUCUCCCCAAGAUUUCUCCUUUGCUCUCUCUGUUCUUCCUUCAGUUGAGCAACCCUCUGUCACCAGAUUUGUACAGAUGGAAGACAGGAAGCGGGCACUUGUGAGCCGGCUGCUUCAAUAUGCUCUUGUAAAUGAAGUUUUGGCAAUUCCCUAUGAUGAAAUUAUCAUUAAGCGCACCUUGGAAGGCAAACCAUAUCUGGAAUGUGAUGAUGUUUGCGCAGAUUUUCCCAAUUUUAAUUUCAAUGCAUCUCAUCAUGGUGACUAUGUUGCUAUAGCGUCCGAACCUUUGUGCCUCGUCGGGGUGGACGUUGUUUCCAUAGUCAUUCCUCAGAAAGAGACGGUUAUAGAGUUUAUUCAAAACUUCUCCUCAUACUUUUCAAGUUUUGAAUGGGAUAGUAUAGUCAAUGCUGGCACAUCUGAUGAUAUUCUGAUUGAGUUUUACAGAUAUUGGUGUCUGAAAGAAGCUUAUGUCAAAGCGAUUGGGAGUGGAGUGGCAUAUGGUUUGGACAGAGUGGAAUUUCAUCACAGUUGCUGGACAAACAUCUCUGUUAAUGUUGAGGGGAAGGCUAUGAAAGAAUGGCGCUUUUGGCUUCUUGAGCUAGGAAAGGGACAUUUGGUCUCCAUUGCAAGGGGUCAUCCAAGAUCAGCUACAGAGAGUUAUAUGAGAACAUUAAAACAGGCAGAGUUUGAUGAAGAGGAGUAUAACGCAGCUCUUCAUCUUCCAAAUGUCAGAUUUGUCUCCAGAACUGUAGAACAACUCAUUCCGGUUUCACACAAAGACCGUGUACAUCGUACUUCGAUUUCAUGA